AAGCCCUAUAAAAGACCACAAGAAGCCCUAUUUUAAUGCUAUUCUUCAACAUGAAGGUGAAGUUAGCAAAGUUGUGGCCUUCAGACCGGAAGAUCACAUCCACUUCCAGAAUGCUGAAACCACGCGGAGUCAAGUUAUGCUAGAUGAUGUCGUAUUACAGUCAUCUGUGGAGUCCAGCAGAAGGAACGUGUUUUACACACACAGCUCCAAAAUGUCCCUCGUUCAUGAUGAACGAGGGGAAACAUCUAAAAACAGCUUGUCUGCUAUACCACAAUGUGUACACAACAUAUCUGAACUCCUAAACCUGGAUACAAAAUCAAAGAAGGUCAACAUCAAUGCAAAGAUUAUCCAGGAGGUGCGCAAGGGAAACAGUGUUGUAUGGGAUGGACGAUGUCUUCCAAGAACUGAGUACACUGUUGCAGACACUACAGGCUACAUUAGUCUAACGGUCUGGUGUGAGCAGAACAUUACUGUUGGAGAAUGGUACAACAUCACUAAUGUCUCUAUGAGAAAGUUCAAUGGCAUAACAUCCCUUUCAACUACCAAAAACACACAGAUUGUCAACAUCCCAACUCAAGAUACAGCAGAUGCUGUUCAAGUGCCAACAGAAACAAUUAAAUGUGACAUCGUUGGCGUAAACCUUAAAAAUAUCUUCAUUUGUCCUCGUUUACAUACACUCAAGGACAUGCAACACAUGACGCUGUCAAACCCCACUGUGUAUUGUGUCUCAUGCAAUACGCAUUAUAAACCCUCUGCCAUCAUAAUGAGGAUCAGUGGCCACCUGGAUCUUAAACCAGAAACGGGAAAUGUUGUGGAGGCAAGCAUUGAAGACGAGGUCAUCAGAACGGUACUCACAGUGAAGCCAGGCGCAUCACGAGAAGACAUCAUUCAGAGUAUCAUUUCUCUGCCACCCAUGCAGGUCACAAUUCGCGAGAACAUCGUUGUGAAGAUGGAAGAUGUUCCUCAGAAGGCUGAAAUCAAAUCUGAAGCAGAGCUGCCAGUUAAAGUUGAACCCGUGGAAGAAUCUAUUGACUUUUAUUCUCCCCCAGACCAUGGCAUUCUGUUCAGUUCACAAGACAGAAAAAGAAAAUCUACUGAUUGAGCCUUUUUGAAUAUCUUGAUUAUUC